UGUCCUGGUUAUGUGGCGCUAACUGGGCAGUGGUCGCUGCUUUCAAUUUCUGGAAAACGAUUUUAAAAAACAAAGAGGAAUCAAACAUGGGAAGAGGCUUGGGAUACCUGGCGCUGGUGGGUCUUCUUCUCUGCGCUUGGAGUAAAACUCUCGCCCAGAAAGGCAGGCAGUUUGAGGAGAGCCCUGGAAAUGUGACCUCAUCGCUGGGGAAGCCUGUAAGACUCCGCUGUGGGAUCCGGGGUUUCGGGGAACCCCCUGAGAUCGGCUGGAGCAGGGAUGGAGAGCCCCUGGAAAUGUCCGACACCAACCAGAUGACCCUGCCCCUGGGGGUGGAGGAAGAGUGGCUGUCCAUCAGCGAGCUGCAGAUCUCGUCUGUCCAGCUGUCUGACAUGGGGGGGUACCGGUGUGUCCUGACUGAGGAGGGGGGAGAGCUCCUCUCUGAGGAGGGGUACCUGGAGCUGGAAGGGUUACCCCAUUUCUCCGAGGAGCCCCGGGACUUUGCCGUGGUGGCAAACAGGACCCUCAAUCUGAGCUGCCGAGCGCACGGCCCCCCGGAGCCAGUGAGGGUGAUCUGGCUGCAGGACGGGGCCCCCCUCAACAUGCUGCUCGACCCCGUCGCCCUGUCCCCCUCCACGCUCACUCUCAGAGGACUCAACAGCAGCAGCUCGUUCUCGUGUGAAGCUCACAACAAGAAAGGGGUGGCCACUUCCACGACGGGCACAGUCACAGUUAUCCCAGACAAGCCUCAGAAACUCAAGCUGUACUCAAGAACCAACCGGUCGCUAGAGAUCUCGUGGGAGCCCGGAUUCGGGGGGGUGUACCCCAUUACUGUGUACUCCAUGCAGGUCUCCGAGUUGAGCGGAGGCCCCGUGAUCUACAAACGGGACGUCAAGGCUCCGCCCCUGCGUCACGUGGUCCCGGGCCUGGCUCCGUUCACCAAAUACCGCGUCCGUCUGUCCUGCAGCAGCAGCGAGGGGGUUUCUGAUUGGACAGACUGGGUGACCAUGGCAACGCUGGAAGGAGUGCCGAGUCUCGCUCCCGCCAACAUCAGGGCAGAGUACAAUGGCAGCCUCGCUCUGGUGAAGUGGGAGGAGCCAGCGGGCCGGCUCAACGGAGUUCUGAGAGGAUACCGGCUGGCCUAUCAGAGCCAGGAAUCAGAAGAACUGAUGGAAGUCACAGGUAACGCCACGGAGAUGACCUUCAACCUCUCCCUUCCCUGGAGCAACCUCUCUGUGCGGGUGUGUGCAUACACCGGGGCGGGGCAGGGUCCCUGGAGCCCCCCCCUCAGCCUCUUCUCCCUCCAGCCAGAGAUGAGGGAGCUGCAGUCUGGAGGGUUGCCAGUGUCACCAGCUGUGUUUUCCUGGCACUGGUGGUACGUUGCUAUGGGUGUUGCCGUGGUGAUUGCCUGUGUGGUCAUGGUUGGCGUGUACAUCGCACGACUCCGCAAGAAAGAGACGCAAUACGGGGAAGCGUUCGAGCCGAUGAUGGAGAGAGGAGAGCUGGUGGUGCGCUACCGAGCGCGGCGGUCCUACAGCCGCAGAACCACAGAGGCCACGCUGAACACUCUGGGCAUCAGCGACGAACUCAAAGAGAAGCUGCAGGAUGUGAUGGUGGAUCGACACAGACUGACACUCGGAAAGACACUGGGAGAAGGGGAGUUCGGCUCUGUGAUGCAAGGGCAGCUGAGUCAGGAGGACUACGUCCUCAAAGUUGCCGUGAAGACCAUGAAAAUAGCUAUCUGCACACGCAGUGAGAUGGAGGAUUUUCUUCGGGAAGCUGCCUGCAUGAAGGAAUUUGAUCAUCCCAACGUCAUGAAACUGAUCGGCGUAUGUCUGCAGAAUGUGGAGAGUGAGGGGUACCCCUCCCCGGUGGUGAUCCUGCCCUUCAUGAAGCAUGGAGACCUGCACAGCUACCUGCUCUACUCCCGGCUCGGGGACAGCCCUGUGUACCUGCCUGUGCCGAUGCUCGUGAAGUUCAUGACGGACAUCGCCCGAGGGAUGGAGUAUCUCAGCAACAAGAACUUCAUUCACCGCGACCUCGCCGCCCGGAACUGCAUGUUGAAUGAGAACAUGACGGUGUGCGUGGCUGACUUCGGGCUCUCUAAGAAGAUCUACCACGGAGAUUACUACCGGCAGGGGCGGAUCUCCAAGAUGCCGGUGAAGUGGAUUGCCAUCGAGAGCCUGGCCGACCGGGUCUAUACGAGCAAGAGCGACGUGUGGUCGUUCGGGGUGACGAUGUGGGAAAUUGCUACCCGGGGUCAGACCCCAUACCCCGGCGUUGAGAACAGCGAGAUCUACGACUACCUGCGACAGGGGAACCGACUGAAGCAGCCCCCCGACUGCCUGGACUCCAUCUACGCCCUGAUGUUCUCCUGCUGGCUGCUGAGCCCCAAGGAGAGGCCCACGUUUGAGUCGCUGUGCGGCGAGCUCAACAAAGUCCUGGACGAGCUGCCCAGUCUCCAGGAAGGAGAGGAGAUCCUGUAUGUGAACAUGGAGGAGCCCGCCAGGGGGCCCCAGGGCCAGGGGGGGGACGAGGCCCCGGAGCUGGGGGCCGUGGGGGGCCAGGACCCCUCCGACUGCCUCAAGGGGCCCCCAUUCUCCCUCCUGGGCCCCCCACUCAAGGGGGGCUCCUCGGUCACCUCGGUGGAUGUGCACCACGGAUCGGGGAGGUAUGUGCUGUGCCCGGCCCAGCAGGAGAGCUCCAAGAUGCUGAGAGCAGAGUCUAGGGAGAGCCUGGGGCUGGGAGAGAGCAGAGAAGGGGGAGAGGGGGAAGAAGAAGCAGACGAGGAUCUCCGGCCACCCCCUUCCACGCCUCCACUGGGAGGCCACGCCAGCCGCUGCAAACCCAAAGCCCCAUGGCAGUGAUGGGCACUCAGCUGGUACCUGUGGAGCCUGAGCUGGUGUCAGAGCGGGUUGUGUGGCACAGCAACCCCUGAGAACUGUGUUAUCCUUUCAGGAGAACUGAUCGAUAGAUUUACUGGGACCAAUCGCUAGACCAGUAACUUCUCUGCUUUGCUUCUACAGCACAAUCACUGGGAUAGAACUGAUUGAUAUAUACUGGGACUGAUCGCUAGACCAGUAACUUCUCUGCUUUGAAAUACUAAAAGCAGCUCAGAAAAUGACAAACGUUUCAACUAGAGCUCUUUCUCAGUGCCUUCACUGCCGUCCCUUUUCUCAAGUCGCUGAGGCAACUGGUAACACAUAACUGGGACUGGCCAGACCAGUAACUUCACUGCUUUCCUUCCGCAGUUACUGGGAGAGAAUGGAUGGACAUGGACAACAUGGGACUGAUUACUAGACCAGUAACUUCAAUGACUGACAGAUUUCUGGGAUUGACCAACUGACCACAAACUCCACUACCUGGACAACAAACUCAGCAAAGGCAAAGACAAAUGUUUUGACGAGAAGUCCUUCUGAAUGCCUGCACUGUACGGGAGCUGGGACUGACCCGCUGACCAGUAUCUGAGUGACCAAACUCCUGUCCUUCACAAUCUCGACACAGACGAAGAUGUCAUUAGGAAUGGCCAAUAACUUGACCAGGUGGAUUCAUCUAUACUGGCAGUAGAUUCCAGUACAAAACACACAGAAAAUCAUCCAUAAAAAAAACGUCCAGACUCUCACAGCUCCCCAGUACUAUCCCACUGUAAAACCAGUACAGUCCCCUAUACCGUAUCCCAGUAGCAGGGUUUGAAACAAGACUCCCACUGCAUAGCAGAUUGAUCCAUUCCUGGUUUCACUAUGAGCUUAAUGUUAAGACACAUCUGAGUUUGGGUUCAGAUCAGGGUUAUGUAGCUGGGUUCAGAUCAGGGUUCGGUAGCUGGGUUCAGAUCAGGGUUAGGUAGCUGGGUUCAGAUCAGGGUUCGGUAGCUGGGUUCAGAUCAGGGUUCGGUAGCUGGGUUCAGAUCAGGGUUAGGUUGCUGGGUUCAGAUCAGGGUUAGGUAGCUGGGUUCAGAUCAGGGUUCGGUAGCUGGGUUCAGAUCAGGGUUCGGUAGCUGGGUUCAGAUCAGGGUUAGGUAGCUGGGUUCAGAUCAGGGUUAGGUAGCUGGGUUCAGAUCAGGGUUAGGUUGCUGGGUUCAGAUCAGGGUUCGGUAGCUGGGUUCAGAUCAGGGUUAGGUAGCUGGGUUCAGAUCAGGGUUAGGUAGCUGGGUUCAGAUCAGGGUUCGGUAGCUGGGUUCAGAUCAGGGUUCGGUAGCUGGGUUCAGAUCAGGGUUCGGUAGCUGGGUUCAGAUCAGGGUUCGGUAGCUGGGUUCAGAUCAGGGUUCGGGUUCCCUUUGUCACUGCCAGACACAUGGUACUAGAGUCUAAGAAGCUCACAAGCUUCUUUGUUCUCUCUAUCCAGAUCUUAAUUACAAAAAAUAUAUAUAUAUAUAAUAAUUAUUAAGCACAGUAUUAAU